GGUAUUUGGAUUGACCAAUCAAAGUUUAGCCUUAUCUUUACAAGAAUCGUGGAGUAAAACACAAUGCUAUGAAAUUUAUUCUGACUUGAGAUGCUCUUUAAUUUAUUAGCAUUACCAUCCAUUAGUGGUUUGUAUACGUGAGAGAGGAACUUACAACAGGAAUGGAGACAGCUUCAGAUGACUACGGAGCAUUCAUGGAGAAAUUCACUUUACCACCAAAUUCUGUUCCCGAUCUUCCGCUCAAUUCACUCACCUUUGCUAUUAAAGAGAUAUUUGACGUGGAAGGAUAUGUGACCGGCUUCGGAAAUCCUGACUGGGCAAGGACUCAUCCGGUGGCCACUUCUACUGCUCCAACAGUUUUGGCUCUUCUCGGAGCAGGUGCCACUUGUGUUGGUAAAACUGUCAUGGAUGAAAUGGCUUACAGUAUAAACGGGGAGAAUAUACAUUAUGGCACGCCUAGAAAUCCUUGUUCAGCAGACCGAGUUCCUGGAGGAUCUUCUAGUGGCUCUGCUGUUGCAGUUGGUGCAAAGCUUGUUGAUUUCUCAUUGGGAACUGACACCGGAGGGAGUGUAAGAGUGCCCGCAUCAUACUGCGGGAUUUUUGGUUUUCGUCCUUCUCAUGGUGCUAUCCCAGUAUCAGGAGUUAUCCCUAUGGCACAAAGUUUUGACACUGUGGGAUGGUUUGCCAGGGAUCCAAUGAUUUUGAGCAAAGUAGGUGGUGUAAUUCUACAAUUGCCAGAAGUAGCACCAGUCAGACCUUCUUGCUUCAUCAUUGCAAAGGACUGUUUCCAGCUUUCAUUCAUUCCAUAUGAUGUAGUUACACAAACUGUCGUGAAAGCAGUAGAGAAGUUAUAUGGAGGGGAUGUAUUAAAGCAGGAAAUCCUUGGAGACUAUGUGAAGACCAAUGUUCCAAGUUUGAAACAUUUCAUGAGUAAAGAGAAUACAGACCAAAUAUUUAACAUUCCAUCACUGUCUGCACUUUCAAGUGCCAUGCGGUUACUUCAAAGGUAUGAAUUUAAGAAUAACCAUGGUGAAUGGAUCACAGAAGUCAAACCAGAUUUAGGUCCUGGAAUCUCAGAACGUGUAUCAGAUGCCUUAAGGACAACAGGGGAGAACAUUGAUACCUGUUAUUCGGUAAAAAGAGAACUGCACGAUGCCCUUGCUGCUCUUCUUGGGGAUUUUGGUGUUCUCAUGAUCCCCACAGUUCCAGGGCCUCCCCCAAAACUUCAAACAGAUACGUCUGAAUUAGAAAUCUUUCGUGCAAGGGCUUUUAGCCUGCUGUCCAUUGCUGGAGUAUCUGGAUUUUGCCAGGUAAGCAUACCACUAGGGAUGUAUAAUAAUCUUCCCCUAUCAAUUUCUCUGGUUGCCAGACAUGGUGCAGAUAAAUUUUUGCUUAACCUUGUUGAGAGUCUUUAUGCUAGCAUCAAAGAAUAGAAAGCAGCAUAGCAGAGAGCAUCAGUUACUGAUAUAGAUAUGCUUUCAGUAUGGAUACUAAUGUCAAAGCUGGGAGAGAAGCAGAACCUGAACAAUGGACAUAAAUCAAAGAAGGGAAAUUGUGUAAAGGAAAUUCAUGCUUAUCUGAGUCCUGUUUCAUUCGGAUGUUAUAAAGUUCAAUCAUUCCUUAAGUCAUUGGCUAUGAAAGCAAAUAAAGUCGCAUUGAAAUUGAUUGUAAUUCAAUAGUACUAUAUCAUGUUAACAAAUAAUCAGUUGUUGUUGAUGCAUUUGAUA